UGAUAUUGAUGACGUAGAACACGUCCAGGUGUCCAAUUGUAAACAUUACAGGUGUGACAGACAAAUCACGAUCUCUUGAUUCACUUAAUGAAUAUUUAAGAAACUGGUAAAACAGGGUUAGAAUAAGGAAUGAAGAAUUCAUAUAAGUAUCCUGAUGGGAGUGAAUAUAAUGGUGAGUGGAAUGACCAAGGACAGAGGGAAGGGUAUGGUGUAAUGAAAUUUCCUGAUGGAUCUCAGUACUAUGGUGCCUUCAAUAAGGGAUUGUGUGAUGGAAAUGGUAUAAUGGUGUUUGCUGAUCAUUCAAGAUAUGAAGGAGAAUUUAGAAAUGGCAAGUUUAAUGGUUUUGGUGUAUUUGUAAGAAGUGAUGGAAUGAAAUUUGAGGGACAGUUUCAAGACGGCAAGAUUCAAGGAUUAGGUUUGGUAACAUUUUCCGACUUAACCCAUGGUUUGCCAAGAAAUGAAGGGCAAUUUGAAAACAAUAAACUUGUCCGAAGACAGAAAUGUCAUGGAGAAGUACAAAGAGCUAGACAGGCAGCACAAAGGGCACAGGAAAAUUAAUAGAAUAUUUAUAUGAAUUAGACUUUUAAUAAUUUGCUGAUGUUUUAGGAUCAAACAAACUGUUUGAUUCCAUGAACCAUUGCAUACUUGAUGACUUCCUUUAGAUCUGGGUAUAGGACAAUUGUAUACAGACUAUGAAAAUUGAAUAAAUAUAUGGUUAUCAUAGUUUUAUAAUAAUCUUUGAAUUAAAGGAAAAUAACUCUUUAUAAAGUUAGUGCAAAUGAAAUACAAGAGAAUAUGACUUUUUGUGUUGAGUGAAAAGUAUAAACAUAUACCCUUCAUAUUAACCUUUGUUCUUUUAAUAGUUUUCUUUAAAUAAUGAAUAUGAACAUAAAUUUUUCUGAUUUCAUUACUUUACAUUAUAUUCAUUUUCAAAGAAGCAAUUUUGUUUUUUUUUUUUUAUAUUUUCAAAGAAUUUAAAUGUUUUGAUUAUCAUUUUUAUGACUGAUACGAAAAAUUCACACACACUCAGAAUGACAUUUUUUCAUAACUUCAUAUGCAUUGUUUUUCUUAUACUCUUUUCUUCUCAAGUGUUUCACAAUAAUGAAAUCAAUGGUUGAAAUCUGUGUUAAUACAAUCAAUUUCAAACUCCUCAAGAAUUCUCUGUUUCAGAAUCUAAUAGAUUGUGGAUUAUCAGUCACAACACACAUACAUUGUGAAUUUUUGUAGUUAUUUGUCAUUCCUUGAAUUACCUUAAUUAUUGCAUGUCACAAGAAUAUGUACUAUGCAAUAGAAUUAUUUAUUAUAUAUGUAGGGUAUACAUAUAAUAGUAUAUAUGUUGUUAUUCAGAAAUCCAUUAUGUUUUUUAUAGUUUUACUAUUUUUUAUUUGCAAAGACUCAAUUUAAUUUGUUAAUACUUUUGAAUUUAUUGUAUGAUUAUUUUGCUAUUUACAUAGAAUAGAUAUAAGUUUCUAAUAAAAUUGGAAUUUAAAAACA